CAAAGAACACCCCAGCCUCCAGAGCCCAAUAGAAACGCAUUCUAAUUUGCCAUGUCUGGCCGAGUCUUUCAUCUCAUUCCAUACUUGAACUUGGCUGUCCCAGUCACUGUCUCUGAAACACCUUCUCCUAUCAUCUCCCGCCGGCUGGUGGAAGAUUCAGGAUAACACUCACAAGAUAGAAUUUUCGACUACUCACUUCUCGCAUGAUACUCUCAAAAGAGAAGAGAAGCUGAGAUGGCUACUGUUUCUAUUGCCAUGAAAUCAACUGCACAAUCCCCCGAAAAUGUCAUGGAGCGACUCUGGCAAGACGCUUUGCGCCACCUCGGAUCUACGAAUAACGAAGUCCUCCUACCAACCAACGUGGUGGACGUGAUCGGCCAGAACAAUGUCGAAGAAAUAAAAUCACGUCUUUGUGCUCUCCUAGGUGCUCCCGUCGUGGCCUUUAUUGACGAAUCCAUCAAUGCACUCCGUGUUAUGCGCACACCGGCAUUCUCGGGCACCACAAUUUCUGUUGCGUCUCAUCAAGGUAUGGCGGGAGUCAAAUCAGUUGAAGCUCCUGGGAAACCAAGAGCAGCAAUUGCGAAACCUCCCAAGAUUCCUCGGCCUCCCAAUGCUUUCAUUCUCUAUCGGCAACACCACCAUCCUAAAGUGAAAGAGGCAUACCCUGACCUCUCUAACAACGAAAUAUCGGUCAUUCUAGGGAAGCAAUGGAAGUCGGAGCCCGAUGAAGCCAGACUACGCUUCAAGAGUAUGGCCGAAGAGUUCAAAAAGAAACAUGCCGAAGAAUACCCAGACUACCAAUAUACUCCACGAAAGCCUUCUGAGAAGAAACGCCGUGCAACCUCUCGCCAGUCUCCUAAGUCUAAGCGCUCCAUACCUCUCGAAUCUCCGCCCUCGAUUGCAGCACCGUCACCAAGCGCAUUCACCCCUUCGAUGUACUCCGAAUUGCAGGGCAAUGAUACUAUGAUAGAGGGAUAUCCUAAUCCUCUAGAUAACUUCGAUAACUUGAAUUUUAUGAUCGAUUCAGGUGCCUUGGCUGAUGAACACACCGGUUACGACAUGAACUCAUUCGACGCUCUACUCCACCAGGCUCCGAACGACUAUGGUAGGGGAACGUUCUUUCAACAUCUAGGUAUCGCUGAUCAAUCUAUUGGAGACUCUUUUGAAUUUCCUGAUUAUGCAGCUAAUUGUUUUUGAAGUCGAACAUCUAUCUUGUUUUCGUCUGGCAUUUCUCUCUCCUUGUAUUUGAACUGUUCUCAUCUGUCUUCACGCCUUCGAUACCUUUCCCUUUUGUGUUAUCUCAUCAACAUCCCACGCUUAGAGCCUUGCAGGCUACAAGCCUCGGUGAUAUGACUGAUGGAGUUCUACGCUACUUGAACCGGAGGAGCUGACCUUGUGUGUUUGCCCACGAUGUGUUAUACUAAAUUACUUUCAAGCAACAUCUGCCAAAUCACAAGGAUUGUGUACCACAAGAAAGUGCUGUUUUCCAAAGUGUAUGAAAAUCUAGAAGAUCACAGUCCAAUGGCAGAGUACUGGCCCCUUCGUGGGCUUCGUAGACUGCAUUGGUCUGACAGAUGCAUUUCGGUCUGCAUUCGAGAGCCGGCUGCGGUGUUGAAGAUGAAGUAGCAAGGGUAGUCGUCGAGGAUACUCCCAUUAUGGCUCCCUUGAAGCUUCGAGUUGUAUUCAAAGUGAAGCAGUGUGGCACGUUUUGAUCAGACGACCACGCUGUAGCGAGACGCCCAAAGCAGGGAUUCGUUUCUCAGCAGUAGUCGAUUCUUUUGCGGACGACGAAGUGUACUUCAUACACAGAGGGAUUCCUCCACUGUACGGAGUAGGCCAGCUGUGUCCGACAAACUCAGGGAAAAGAAAAGAAAAACGAUGUCGCCGAUCGCAGUAGUGUGUGUGGAAAGGGGGUUAACAACCAAGUCAUCAUCGCUGGAGAAAAAAAAAAAGAAGAAAAACAUACAACAGUAGGGAUUCGCAUGUGGUCACCCACCAUACUACUAACCUACCGGCGUGUGGCUUAAGUACGGCUGAGCGGACGGGAAGCCCUGUUCUCCACACCCUG